GGUGGCGACGUGGAAAUCAUGGUGGACAGGAGGAGCUAGUCAACUGCCCGACUUAAGUUGUAUCAAAAAUCUAUAACGCUAGAUCCGUGCUGUAGAUAUUUAUAAUACAUGUAACGAAUACAUUUACUCUGGUUUUCAACAACGACCUCCUCAUUACUUUAGCGGAUCUUAGAAAAGCGAGAGAAACAUUUAUGACAGAAAUUGUGAGCUUUUCUACUGGCCAAAAUGGGAGCCAAUACAAGUCAGAUCAGUGACUUAUCAGAAAAUACAAGUCUCAAGGCCUUAGUCGGAACUGAGUCAAUUUCAGAAAAUGAUCCCUUCUGGAACCAGCUCAUCUCAUUCACGUUCAUCAGUCCCACUUGCAGUGGUGACUCGAAGUUACUGGAAGAAGCAGUCAUCCCAUUAGCCAAGAUGCUUAUUGAAAACAAUCCUAGGACUGGAAACUUUUGUGCUCUUGUAAGAAUUUUCCUUGGGAGGACCAAAGAGCUAAAAAUAUCAACAGAAUGCCAAGAUCAGCUGUUUAUAUGGCAGGCUCACAACGCUCUGUUUAUGAUUCGCUGCCUGCUCAAGGUGUUCAUCAGGGAAAUGAAUGAAGAAGAGUUGCACCUACAGUUUUUGAACCAGGAGAUGGCACCAGGUGUCUGCGGAGAAGGCAGUCGUGAGGACCUCCUCGAGGAGCUGCUGUCCAACCUUAUUCACCUGAUCGUUGAAGUGCCCCUGCUAGACAUAACUUACAGCAUCCUGUUUGAAGCAGUGACCACACUGCUGGUGUUGUUUUCAUACCAACUCUUCAGUAAAGAUAUCCUCAGAGAAGGUGUAAUAUACCACCAUGCUAUGAAUGGCAGAUGUUUAAGUUUAACAAGUCGACUUGUGAAGACACUGCUCUAUAACUUCAUCAGACAAGAAAAAUGUCCCCCUCCGGCAACUCACAUAUUUGAACCAAAAUCUGAAGGUGGUCUUCUGUACGGCCUGGCAUCUGGAGUUGCAAGUGGUCUGUGGAGCGUUUUCACUUUGGGAGGAGCUGGUACCAAAGCAGGGCUCGAUCAGGAUCACAAUCAUUUACCUUUAUCCAAUCAGAGCCUUUUACUUCUUCUGGUCCUGGCCAAUCUUACAGAUGGACCUGACUUUCCCAACCCUUACCGGCAGGCCAUUACCUGCUUCAGAAAUACACAAGACACGUCAGUGCCCCCUGUGGAGCAGCUUCACACGUUCCAGAUUAAUUUUAACAGUCUGUACACAGCUCUGUGCGAGCAGCAGCGCUCCGACCAGGCCACACUGCUCCUGUACACUCUGCUCCACCAAAACGCCAAUAUGAGGACCUACAUACUCUCCAGAACAGAUAUGGACAACCUGGUGUUGCCAAUCCUUGAAAUCCUUUACCAUGUGGAGGAGAGAAACUCUCAUCACGUCUACAUGGCCCUCAUUAUUCUCCUGAUCCUGACUGAGGAUGAUGCUUUUAAUCGCUCCAUCCAUGAAGUGGUGUUAAAGAAUGUUUCAUGGUACACGGAAAGGUCAUUAACAGAAAUUUCACUUGGAAGUCUACUCAUCUUAGUAGUUAUUCGCACUAUUCAGUUUAAUAUGACUCGAACAAGGGAUAAAUACCUCCAUACAAACUGCCUGGCUGCUCUUGCAAACAUGUCUGCACAGUUUCGGUGUCUGCACCAAUAUGCUUCUCAGCGUAUUAUUAGUCUAUUUGCUCUGCUUUCCAAAAAGCACAACAAGGUUUUGGAGCAGGCCACACAGUCUCUCCGAGUCAGACAGGGAGACAAUACUGCCUUGCCAGACUAUGCCCAGGACCUGAACGUGAUAGAGGAGGUGAUCCGCAUGAUGCUCGAAAUCAUCAACUCCUGUCUGUCCAACUCUUUACACCACAACCCUAAUCUAGUGUACGCUCUGCUGUACAAGAGGGAGAUGUUUGAGCAGUUUCGGUCACACCCUUCCUUCCAGGACAUUAUGCAGAAUCUAGACACGGUGAUUGGGUUCUUUAGUCAGCGCCUGGAGCAGGCUGGGAGUGACCUCUCUGUGGAGCGAGUUCAAGAGGUCAUCAUGAAAGGAGCCCAGGCCCUGCCCAAAGACAGACUCAAGAAAUUCCCUGAGCUCAAGUUUAAAUAUGUGGAGGAGGACCAACCUGAGGACUUCUUCAUCCCGUACGUCUGGUCCUUGGUUUUCAACUCUGGAGUGGGUCUGCACUGGAGUCCACAGGGCAUAGAGCUGUUCAGCAUGGACUCUGGCUGAUGCUCCUGUCCCUGGUCCAGGUCCCUCU